AUGGGCAAGAUCAAGGAGCCCGCCGCACUGUUUACUCGAGAACUAUCAGAUAUACGUGUCUUAGACGAGUAUGAGAGAUAUAAAGUGUGGGCGGGUAAUCUUGGGGCGCAUCAUCCACCACCAAAGCGGAUAUCGCUAGACUACCGACUUCGAGAUGUUGCUUUCCACAAGCAAAGAGUUAUUGAGGUUCUAAUAGAUCUUCAAGAUUCGUUGAAGAAAGCGUUUGAGCUCGUCGAGGGCAUGAGGACGCCAUGGGAAGAACUUUCUAGCUCAUCAUCUGAGGAUGACGAAGUCACCAACCUUUGCAACGCCCCUUCUUCUACGACCCCUACGGUCGACUAUCCACACAGAACCAUUUCCCCCCACGAGCAGGCGGAAUUGGGCAAGCCUAAUGCCUUGGCGACUUUAUAG